GCGUGGUCCGUGUUUUUGGUUUUGUAUUUUGUGUAAUUUUUAAAAUACAUGUGUUUUAAUUGGGUUAUAAUUUAAAACAAAAUGAAACAAGAAAGUUCAACCGAUAAAAAGCAGAAAAGUAAAUCAAAACACCGAAUUUAUAAACCUAGAAAGAAAAAGAGUGUAGAAGAAGAUGCUGCUAUAAAAUAUUUGCAAUCACAGUAUGAUACGAUAAAUGCAGAUGAAAUCAAAACAUUCAAAGAUUUUCCUUUAUCCCAAAAGACUCUAAAGGGUCUCAAAGACAAUAACUACAUCCACCCAACAGACAUACAGAGGCAGGCCAUUGGUUAUGCGUUACAAGGUAAAGACAUAUUAGGUGCGGCUCAGACGGGUUCAGGAAAGACCCUAGCCUUUUUAAUACCAAUUCUAGAGAACUUGUUUUGCAAAAAAUGGACAAGAAUGGAUGGUGUGGGAGCUUUAGUUAUAUCACCUACAAGAGAAUUGGCAUAUCAAAUAUAUGCCACUCUGAGGAAAAUUGGUGGCUUGCAUGAUUUCUCUGCUGGUCUUAUAAUUGGUGGGCAGAAUUUAAAGUUUGAGAGGAAAAGAAUGGAUCAAAUAAACAUCCUUAUUUGUACACCUGGUCGACUGCUGCAACACAUGGAUGAAAACCCCUUGUUUGAUUGUAGUCAUUUACAAAUAUUAGUUCUCGAUGAGGCAGAUCGCUGCUUAGAUUUGGGUUUUGAAACAACUAUGAAUGCUAUCAUUGAAAAUUUGCCACCAGAUAGACAAACACUACUGUUCUCAGCCACACAAACUAAGUCGGUCAAAGAUUUGGCCCGUCUCAGUCUGAAAUUUCCAACGUAUGUGGCUCCUCACGAACAAGCGGCCACUGUGACUCCCCAGUCAUUACAACAGAGCUACAUAGUUUGUGAGAUUGAAGAAAAGUUGGCAGUUUUGUGGUCAUUUAUUAGAAAUCAUUUAAAGCAAAAAGUUUUAGUAUUCAUGGCUACAUGCAAGCAAGUGAAAUAUACCUAUGACUUAUUCUGUAAGCUCCGGCCCGGUGUCAGCCUACUGGCCCUAUAUGGCACCCUUCAUCAGGAACGAAGAGAGCAAAUAUAUGAAGAAUUUUGUAGGAAAUCAAAUGUGGUUCUAUUUGCCACUGAUUUAGCUUCUAGAGGGCUGGACUUUCCUCGUGUCAAUUGGGUUUUACAGUAUGAUUGUCCGGAGGAUGUGGAAACUUACAUCCACAGAGCGGGCAGAACUGCCAGGGGAGUGCUGGGUAAAGGAGAAGGACUUCUGAUUCUGUUGCCACAGGAGGAGAAGAUUGUAGACAGUUUGAAACAGAGCAAAAUCCCAAUUAACAAAAUAUCUGUUGAUCCCUCCAAAAUAAUGUACCCACAGAAAAAGAUAGAAACACUCUUAUCAGAUAAUUCAGAAUUGAAACAGACGGCCCAAAGGGCUUUCGUCAACUAUUUAAAAUCUGUAUAUUUAAUGAAAAACAAAGAAGUAUUCAAUGUGCACACGCUAGACACUGAUGCUUAUGCGAGGUCUCUGGGCCUGAUAGUUCCACCUGUGAUUAAGUUUAUAAAUAAACAUAGAAAGCCCAUUGAAGUUAAAAACCAAUUACGAGAUGAUGCAGAAGAGACUAUUAGUAAGUUAAAAGAGAAACAAGAUGCCAGCGAAUCAAAGGACAAUGAAUCAGAAAGUGACCAUGAUGAGAGUAGUAAACUAAUACUCGAAGAUUUGAAGAAGAAAAAGGAAAAGAAGGAGAUUCCAAAGUUCAACUUUCAUGCAGGUGGCUAUGACAGUGAUGAUGAUAUUUUAAAAAUCAAGCAGAAGAACAUAAAUGCCAUGCCGACCCCAGUACCGGAGACCCAGGUGCCAUCCAAGGCGAGUGCUAAACCUUUAACUAAUGCAGCUCUAGUUAAGAAAAUACUCAAAAAGAAAAUAAAAGUGAACACGAAUGUUAAGUUCACGGAGGAAGGCGAAGCUAUUGAUGAUGAGAAAAAAGAUGUGAAGUCAGAACUUGCAAGACAAUCCAAGAAAAGUGGAGGAGGAUUAGAUAUUGAAAAAACUAAAGAAUUACUCAGAGAAGAGGAUAAGUUUGAUGUUCUCAGGUUUAGGGAGAAAGUUAAGGCAAAACACAGGGAGGAGAAAAGAAAACUUAAAAACAAAAAGAAGGAGGAUGAAGGAGAAAAAGAUGACUUUGGGUCACAAUCUGAGUCUGAUGGCCCAGACUUAUCUUGGCUGCCUGACCCUGAUAAAGUUUAUAAGAAAGAUGAGGAUGGCUCUAAAGAAAGUAGUGAACAUAGUAAUGAUGUUCAAUCAGAAAGUUCUGAUGAAGAAUCUGAAAAUGAUGUUGAGGAUGUGAGACCACCUAAAAGAAAAUUAACAAAUGAAAAGAGCAAAGCCGACGACCAUGUCAAGCCACACAAGCUUAAGAAACUAGAAGAUAUUUCAGCUGCGCUCUCAGUGCAAGAAGCCGAAGCUUUUGCGAUGCAAUUACUCAAGCGAAAUAAGAUCAUACAUUAAAAGAUUAUAUAAUAUUAUAUAAUUA